CGACCACUCACCAUGAAGAAGGAGGGAAUCCAAACCCGGAACCGGAAGCUUUCCUCGAAAUCCAAAAAGAAGAAGGGUGGUGUUCCGGGCUCGUGUCUGUCUUUAGGGGGGGUCAUGUCUGACAUGAUCAAGCCCCUAGAUCCCACCGGAAAGUCCGGGGGGUUUGGUGCCGGAACGGGAGGUUUUGGCUCCCCGAUGGCAGGCGGCGCCAAUGUGCACCCCCACCUGCAUCCACACCACGCCGCCAUGUCGCACUACAUGUAUCACAACACUCAUCACCAAGGGUUCAUGAACCCGGGUCCCCCGGGACCUGUGCCCCCACCGGGACCGCCCCCUCAUCCCGGCAUGCAUCACCACCACAUGACUUCGUUAUCUGCCCUCGGGUCGGGCGGAUUGGGACUUGCAGCGACGUCAAACGGAAUGACGAGCUGGAGGUCAGAAUACACGUGAUAGCUCUCCUGCAACCCAGCCGCCAUCUUAUCUUCAGCGACACUCACAUUUUUGUGGUGGCAGACAGGUUGUUCUGGACAGUGUUCAUGAAGCAGUAACACAUUUCCUGUUCGAACUUACAGGAAAUCGAACCAGUACAAAAAUACAAAGUGUGUGUGCGUGAGUGUUGUAAAUAAUUAGCCCAGCAAAGAGUGCAGAUCUAGUUUUACAGAUACUUCACACUGAGCUAUACGAAUGGCAAAGAUUUUUUUUCUUUUUUGAAUUUCUUCUACCUUCUAGAAGCCAUUUUGCUCCAUUCAGUGACGCAGAUUUCGUAUAAUUUUUACUGAUUAUUAAAAUAUUGUUGAAAAUUCGAAUGGUCUUGUCUGAAUGUGUAUAAUUUCAACAAGUAAAUCAUACAGAAAUUUGAAUGCUAUGACUGGGUUCUGUCAUUUACUUAAGUAUCUGGAUUCAUGUAUACAGUGAAAACGUUCUUCUUAGGCUAGUUUUACAUUAUAGUAAUAUCAUUGUACUUUCUGUUGCUGCAAAGUAAAAUUUGAAGUGUUCCUAGUAAUUUAGGAGUAACAGCGAAAUUAUCUUACUCUGUUACGAUAAAUACUUAAUUAUAGUUACGUUGCCUUUCCUAUAUGAGUCAUGUCAAGAUAUAAAUAUUUAAAAUUAUGUACACGUCAUAGCAUCAGUAUUUCAAAAUAGUCAAAUAACCAGCAUUUAUUUAUGGUGUACAGAACAGCCAACAGUUUAAAUUACUUUGAUGAAAUUCAGACGAGCAGGCUAAAGAUAGCAUGCGAAAUAUACUUAGGUGUAAUCUUAUACUUGCCAUAUCAGUGCUGGGUGUUCGUGUGUCAUAUAUUUGCCCAUUUCAAAAUUACUCUACAUCAAGUUAGUUCUUGAAUUCCUUUUUGCAUGAUGAUUCUUCAAAUUCUGUUGUCACCAACUGUUUAUAUGCUGUAGUAAUAUGGCCGAAUCAAAAUUUUAAAGACUUGAUGUUAUCUCAAUGUCUGAGUUAAUUUUAGUUUUAGUCCUGUUGAAUGAAUAGGAUCAACGAUUAAUGUGGCUUAUCCCCAAAAAGCUCAUGUUACGUGCCGAACGCCGGCUGCAAAUACCUGAAGACAAGAACUGCCACGUAUUUGUGUUCAUAUUCUACUAAAAUUAUACAUUAAAAUUAAAAUGUUGAAGCUUUUCGUUGCGUAUCGUCUUGGAAGGUGCCUAAAGAUCCUGCUGUAACAUGGUUAUGAUUGAUUUAUGCUAUUCAAUUUGGUAAUAUCAGUGGGAAAUUUUGAGUUUAAUUAAACAACCUAUUGUGCAUCAUUCAUAUACCGAAGCAGACAAAUUGUAGUCAAGGUAGGAAAUAACAUGUAAUGUAACUCGUUACAUUUAUUCCUCACAACACCUAAUACAUUUUCAGUAAGCCUGCUGCUUGUUGAAGUAUUCCGUGAAACUGAUCUGCUCACUUCAGAGAGGCUUCAAAUACACGUAGACUAUGAUCAUGAAGCCAUUCUACGAAUUAAUGGGGAUCGGCUACUAUCUUCAUGUUAAAUAAAGUUUGGUUAUGUAGGCUACAGUCUUUUUAAAGAUUAGCCUAAAUAGAUUAAAGAACAUGAUCAGUAUUCAGAGUAAAGCACAAUUUUGCAAGUGCCCGCAGAGAUCAAAUUGUACUGAUGCUGCACAGAUAAACUGGAUAAUCUGUAAUCAUAUUUACGUAAGAGCAGACAAUGACGAAUGUGCUGUGUUCUAACUGCAUCUUGAAACGCUGAUCAUGAUCUUUAAAUUUUCAACCCUUGAAUACAUAUUUCUUGUAUUUGUGUACACUGGACUUCAUUGGCUUAAUGGAUAACAAAGUUUGCAGUAUUAUAUGCUAAAAGUUUUAAUAUAAAAUUAUUUUGUUAUUGAUUUCUCCUCAAUUUUUUAAUCACGUGCACCUUCCACAAUGUUAGACUCUUAAACAACAAAUUAUGUUUCAAAGAAUUUUUUUCAUUUGAAGCCAUUGUUCACUGACAGAAAUUUUACGGUAGUGAAGAUUGAAUUCUACACACAACUAAUUAUUAUAAACGUUUCUUGUGAUUAAUGUGUCAUAAAAGUAAAUACAUUUUUUUUGUAAUGAAAUAUGCUGCAGUGAAGGAUUUCAAUGAACAGAAAAUAAGGAGAAAUUGAUUAUAUUGUGAACUUGUAAUGUGAUCCCCACAAAUAUGUAGUCGAACAAAGCUCGCCCACAAACUAUGUAAGAGACACUGGAUGUUACCACUAGCGGUGAACUUAUUAAAUACGCAGUUUAUAAUAAGAACGUCUUUAGUGUUGUGUAUUUGCCGCCAGUGGCAGCACCAAUGCCCUACCACGUAGCAGCAAAUUAAUUUUGCACAUUGUUAGGCCUUGUUCUUCAGGAGGCCAUGACUGAGUGGCUGUUGAUAAUUUUUUAAAUUAAAUUAAAAUUAUUGUUGUACUUUUAAAAAUAAUGCAAGUGUGGUAAUUAUUACUGGUAUUGAAUGGCAGACACAAAUUUCAAGAGAACAUCGCUGAAGGGAUAUAAUCAGAGAAUAUCAAAGCGCUCACAAUCUUCAUGAUAUGUUUACUGUGGGACAGAAUUGACAAAAAACUUGAUUAAAAACAAUACAAGAUUUCUGUUAUAAAGUAGACGUUAUUGAGUUAUUGAGAAAUGUAAUAUUUGAUAUUGACGUUGGUCAUAGAAACUAAUCAAUAGAUUUCGAAGAUGACAGUUUCCACUGCUUCCAUCAUGAAGAAACAAGAGAUGCUGAAAGCCAUUUUCCUCUUUGAAAGUUACGUGGACUGCCAUAAUGUUUCCAAUAUUACGCAUAUUAUUAGAAUAUUCAUGCCAGCAUUAUGGGGCCAUGAUAAAUGAAUAUUUUCUUGAGGAAUCUCUGAUUGCAUCCCUUUUGAUAUGCACCUUACACUUUAAAUAUUUGAAGGUAAUUUCUCCUCAUUACACAAUAUAUAAAGAAGAAGUUUUUCUAAAUGUUUUUAGUCCUUCCAACAAUUUUUAGGUCACCAACUUGUAAACUAUUUUAUGAACGAAAGUAAAAGUGGUUUUUGUGGCCAAAAUCUCUGAAAAAAAUUCAAUGUUGUGUUGUUAAAACAUGAACAACUUUUUUUAGUGUGGAACAGUGUGCAUAAGAUUUAUCUUAAAAUAAUAUUGUAUCUAAAAGGUCCCCAAGUCUGUGUAGUCACACUCAGCCUGUAAAUUAAUAUUAUAAUAAUAUGUUUAUGUAAAAUUGCAUAAAUCGAGAUGAAAAACAGGA